ACGCUUAGUUGUUAACGCGCAAGAAGGCUGGCCAAGUGUGCAUUAGCAUUUUGUAGCAGACAGCCGAGACAGCUCUAAACGAGGUAGAUUGCUCAGAUAACUACCCUUUGAGUGCAGGACGUUGUUUAACGUGCCCUUCUGCUGCGUGGUGCAUUUGCGGAGCGCGCGAAAUGGAUAGCGAUCACUGCAUUAGUACGGGCAUACUCACAGUGAGUGACAGAUGCUCCAAAGGCGAAGCCGAAGAUACCAGUGGGAGGAACCUGGAACACAUGGUGAAUGCAAAAACACUGAUAAAUGGAAAGGUUGUCGCUCGACAGUGCGUUCCAGAUGACAUUGAAGAUAUCAAGAGGACACUGUUAAAUUGGAGUGAUGUUCAGAAGAUCGACCUCAUUCUAACGACUGGUGGCACAGGUUUCUCGGCAAGAGAUGUUACACCCGAGGCUACAAGAGCAGUUAUAAUGAAAGAAGCUCCAGGCAUCACGAUUGCUAUUAUCCAGAAAUCUCUGAGCGUCACUCCAAUGGCAAUGCUUUCGAGACUUGUUUGUGGAAUUCGAAACCAGACUCUCAUAAUCAACCUCCCAGGAAGCCGCAAAGGUGCACAGGAGUGCUUCGAAUUUGCAAGUCCCGCUAUCCCUCAUGCAGUUGAUCAACUCCAGGAGCGAAAAAUGAAGACGGACAAGCUUCACAGUUCACUUUCUGUAUCUGGAACACCAGCCUCCGUGCGCCCCGGCUGUCAGUGCACGAUGGAGGGAUCUCCAAGCACCACUGUCGCCUCUCGGCCGAGGCACUCUCCCUAUCCAUUGAUACCUGUCCCUGAAGCUCAAGCCAUAGUGCUGGAACAGUGUUCCGAGAUGGAUGUUGAGCUGAUACCAUUUCAAGCGGCCUGUGGGCGAAUACUAGCGAAGGAUGUCUAUGCCUCGGACCCCCUGCCGCCUUUUCCAGCGUCUAUCAAAGAUGGCUAUGCUGUGAUUGCUUCAGAUGGCGACGGGCCGCGAGAGGUGAUCGACGCUGUCCCAGCGGGCUCCAAUCCUUUGCAUCACGUCAAGCCUGGACAGUGUGCAAGAAUCAGCACGGGCGCCCCAGUCCCAGAUCCAUGUGAUGCUGUAGUGCAAGUAGAAGACACUGAGCUUGUUCGUGCGUCGGAAGAUGGCUCCCAGGAAUUCGAAGUGAACAUAAUAACCGCUCCUACGGCCGGACAGGAUAUUCGUCCAGUGGGAUCGGACAUUGAAAGGGGGCAGCACGUCUUGGCUCAAAGAACGAAGCUUAGCCCCUCAGACUUGGGUCUGCUUGCCACCAUUGGUGCAAGCAUGGUCGCAGUGUACAGACUGCCUAGAGUGGCUGUCCUCUCCACUGGAAAUGAGAUUGUGGCCCCAGGCAGUGCGCUGAAGCUGGGCCAGAUAAGGGACAGCAAUAAGACAACACUUAUCACGCUGUUGGAAAAAAACGGAUUUCCAGCACAUGAUGCAGGAAUUGCACAAGACGAGUUUGAUGACCACAUAAAGAAACUAAGGGCUGCUUUUGAAAAAGCUGAUGUGGUCGUCUCAUCAGGAGGCGUAUCUAUGGGAGAGAAGGACCUUCUCAAAGUAGUGCUUGUCAAGGAGUUCUCAGCUACCAUCCACUUUGGACGAGUCCUCAUGAAGCCUGGGAAGCCAACAGCAUUUGCGUCUCUCAAGUAUGGCGAUAAGCUCAAGCUUGUCUUUGGCCUUCCGGGCAACCCAGUGUCAGCAGCUGUCACAUGCCAGCUCUACGUUUUGCCUGCACUCCGAAAGAUGUCCGGACAUGCCACGGUUCAUCCCACAUCUAUCAAAGCAAAGCUCGCCGAGGACAUAGUCCUGGACCCACGACCAGAGUACCACAGGGCAGUGCUAUCCUGGUCUGAGGACUGUGCACUCCCCGUGGCUAGGAGCACGGGAAAUCAAAUCAGCAGCCGUCUGCUCAGCUUCCAGGGUGCCAAUGCCCUUCUAGUGCUGCCACCAGCCACAGUUGAAACAAAAACACUUCUGGCAGGAACUGUUGUGACUGCGCUCGUGACUGACACAAUUUAAAAGGCGCUCGAGCCGCAACAUUACUAAUGUGUUCAUUACUGCUAUUGUAAGUUGAAGAUGUAUAUUUUUUGCAUUGUUCAUUGGAAUAAAGUUGAAAGCAAUACAUAUAUGUCUUUACAGU